AAAGUGGUCUCUUAGUCUUCAUUAGUGCUAAGACUGAUUCUGUUAUUAUAUCAGACAUGCCAAUGGCUGGUAGUUUUAACUGCCCCCUUCUUUAUACUGGGCUGAACUACAGCACCUUGGUUUUGGCAGAACAAGAUGAUUUAUGGAGUGGGACUGAAAGAUCCUUAUGGUUCCCUUCCAGUUCGUUAUAUUCUACGGUUGUGUGAUGUGGUGCUAGCUCUUCCUGUAUCCACUUUUAGCCUGUGAUGAGGUUUUAUUAAUUCAUUCUUGCAAAUGUACAUUUUGUGUUAUAUCCAGAGCUCACUUGGGGAGGUGUGUGAAACAGCUUCAGAUUCAUACCUAUCUGGUUCCAGAAUGGUUCCCAUGUGUAGACAUGCCCUAAUAGCGCAUGUGGGUAAUGAAGGAGGUAUUUGUAUAAUUUAGUAUUAAUAGCGAAUAUGUUGCAGUUGACUUAAUUGGUAUUUGUCUGUCUGGCUGAAGGGACCUACAUCAAAGGAGACUGUAAUGGAAAGCAAGCAGGGUAUGAACCAUGACAAAAAUGAAGCAUCUCUGGAGGCAGUUCCACAGGCCAUUAGGAGAAGAGUUCAUGAACUAUUCAUUCAGUCUGUUCCUGUGCUGCCAGCCAGGCCGUUUUUUCCCAGAGCCAAUACUUGAGAUCAAAAGCAUACUCAGCCUAUUAUAAACCUUGCCUGACGAGGAACUAGGUGGAGCACUGCUAUAGCACUGAGGCAGGGGGAUGUGCUGAGUAAAGAUGGACAGCUCUCCAUGUAGGGAGCUAGCAGGAGCCUGCUGCAGCAGGGCUUACCACGUUGGUGCAGACUGCCAGCUCCCACACCUGCGAGCUGUGUGAACAGCUAUUCCUUCCUGUUCUGCUCAGACAAGAGGGAAGAUAAUGGUUAAGGUGGGACUGCCUUUCUCACGCAGCUGAGGGGUGUCACUUUUUAGCUGUAGGAAUCAGAAUAUAAGGUUAGCUGAUUGGGUUGGGAGGUCUAAGGAUUGUUCAGGGAGCAAAUACUGAUCAUAACACCGCUCCCUGCACAGCACAACCAUUCGUAUCAGUCUUCUGGAAACUCGGCAGACAAACCGAGAGCUGUGGUUGCCCAUGCUGGCUGCACUCCUCCUGUUCUCUGUGCCAACACAUGUGUAACUGAAGUCAGCUGAGGGGAUGCUUCGGUCCUGGAGCUGUGCCCAACUCCUGGGUCAGGACAAUGUUCUACCUGUAGGAUCACUUUCAGGUUUGGUUUAAGGUGCUGCUGAAUUUAAACCAAUGUUCUGCAGGUAAAAAGCAAAAGGUGUUGGUCUGGUUGUUCUUCCCCAGACACAGACCUAUAACAUGUGGGGCUUCAUCAUCCUAACAGUGAGGUCAAAGCAAUUUUUGCCAUUUCACUGGGAAGAUGAACUGGGAGAAGUCAAAAGAAUUUAUGUGGGAACUUAGAGAUCAUAAUCACACUUGUGUCUGUCAGAAAUAUUUCCAUUACAGCUGCGGGGAGCUGCGCAGAAAUCCUCAGUUCUCAGAAGCAAAUUAUCUAACAGUACGUGAUUUAUGGAUGCUCUGUUUAUGGGAACUUCCAUCUUGACUACAUGCACACUAAAGGUAAGAGGUGACAGCAGGUGCUGCAGAUUCACAAUGCGACAGGUUUUUGUUUCCUGACAAAUAGUUUCUCCGCAUUUUUUAAGAGAAUUUAAGUUAUUUGUGUUUUACUUCUGUGUUGAGUUUUACUGUUAGGCGAAAGGGAGAAAAGGGAGAAAAGAAAAAAAAAGCUCAGCUAUGGUAUCUGUUUCUUUGUCUGCAUGGGCCUAGAUAUGCCCUCUCUUCUGUGUGAACUUGUAAUUCCAGUGCACUGUAGGAGAACCAUAAUGACACGCUGAAACAUGCCGCAGGCGAGUCAUGCUUCUCAAUACUCUGGUCCUGGUUUUCAGUACUUAAAUUAACCUAGAUGUUACUGUGAGGAGCCAAAUAUGCUGCAACUCACAAACGCGAUAAAAAGUGGCAGCCUGGAAGGAGAUUAAUGCUCAUACUGAUGAAUGGACAUCAAAAUAAUUGUUGCAAAUACUGAUUUCCUUCUUAGGAAUAAAAAAAAAAUGGAGAAUAAAUUGUGAACGUUAGGUAUAAAUUCUGCAUUGAUUUCAAAAUAAAUUCUUCAGAAGAGGGAUACAGAAUAAAUAGGCAUGCACUGAGCACAGAAGAACAUGUCAGCAGAAUGACUUUGAUUUGGACUGGGAGGAUGGAGUCCUCCAAGAGCAAGGUUUUGGUAGAGCAGUAAAAUUCUGCUAGUAAAAUACAGUGGGGUUUGAAAAUGAAAGAGAUGUGAGGUGAAACACAGGUUUCCCUAAUUUACACAGGGCCUGACUCAAUUCUUUAAAGUUUGAUUUAGGGUCCAGUGUGGACUACAACCAACAGGGCAACUUUCCUUCAUAAAGAGAAGAAGAUUUCAGUCUGACAUAUCUGUGUGCCAAACUGCAUGGUCUGGUAAAACAGCCCAUUUAAACUCAGCUUGUGAGAUAGCUCUUAGAUCAGGUGCAUGCAGGGCUAUCAAGCCAAACCAAAAGGCUGCUAACUGCUUGGUAGUGCCCAUAAAUGCAGAACAGAAAAGAAUCAGUUGAACCAGACCACUUCACUUCGAUCGGAGGCUGGGUAGAGACACCAAGCAACUGAAUGCCAGGGAAGCUUGCUUCCUACCUUGGGAAAGUGGCAGUUCUUCACAAGGCAAAACUUUCUUCCUCUUGAUGAAGGCAGACUCCAAAUGUGCUCUUCCUUUUUGGCUCUGGAAGAGGAAGGGCAUCUUGGAGGUCAUCACUGGAGCUUGACUUCACACUUGGCAGUGGCCCUUUUAUCCUUGAAAAAUUUCCUCUUGGACAAUUCUAAGUAUCAUUCCUCACGGAUUACUGAUACUCACUGCUAGAACAUUCCCAGACUUCUUUUUACUUACAAAUUCAAAUGCUUUGUUAGUUUUUUUUGCAGAGUACUAGUGGCUCAGACCAAAUAUCUGCACUGAUGAAACCAAAUUGCAGAGAAUGAUUUAAUGCUAAAAUAAAAGUAGCUGCGGAAUAAACCUUGCAAAUAUAAACAACUGUGAUCCAAAUCCAGGAAAUAGCUGUUUGAAUAACGCCUGAAGUUCUGAGCUCUUAGCAAGAAUUGACGUGCCCCUACUGAAAUUGUGUGAGUACAUCUUCAGGACAACAAUAGCUUCCUUAAAACAAACAAAUAUAAUAAUAAUAAUUACUUUUUUUUUUUUAAAAAAAAAAACAAAACAGCUCUGUCUUUAGAUUCUUUACCACAUGCAGUUCCGGUGUUGGCUCCUUAUACUGAGUGCCAUUGUCAGACACAUAAAACAAGCUCAGUGUGGGAGCUGCUGGUUUUCUAAAGCGAUAAAGCAAAAGGAAAGGCUGCUUUUACCAUCUUAAAGCUCCGUAAAAAUUGCACUUUCACAACAAAAAUAGAGGACAGAAAUGGCUUCAAGCUAUAAGAUAUUAUUUUGGGGUAGGGGAGUUAAAAAAAACAUGAAGAAAAACUUGUGUAAGCAGCGGACGCCUCCUUGCUAUGUGGCAAACUCCAACCAGUUUUCAGUGCAACCUGUGAGGCUUGUGGAUUCCCCAGAACAAAACCCCAACUUCCUAAUGAAAGAAUGAGCUGGAAGAGAAGGUGUGGAGGAGUCGGGCUCGCCACAGGCUGUGAGCCUCUCAUCCGGAGUCUUGAAUCAGUGCCUACACACUGAGAGUGCGUUGCUGGCCUUUUAAACUGGUGUUAUGUAAAUACAUCAUGUUAUAUUUAUCUUAAGCUGCUGCAAUCUAUAAAUAUUCAAGUAUCUGCUGCCAUUUUUAUGAAUGUAAGUAGGACCCAUGUUGCACUAAUGGCAGUUACAUUUUCAAUCACAAAUGAGAAGGAACCUCAAGAGACACUUAAAAGCAUUUGAGGGUAUUAAAAAUCUAAUAAGCAAAAAAUCCUAAGUCCUGAAGAAGGAAAAUAAUCAGUUUUAAAGGGAACACUGCAGGUAACCAGCUCUGAAAAUAUGCUCUCUGCACCACUAUCACAGUAAGUUUGAAACUUCUCCAAAGAAGCAUAAAUAUUCCUUUAUGUAAGAUACUGCCUUGUUUUGUGAGACAUAGUAAUUUGGCUCUGCCACCAUGUGUGUGUAUCACUGAGUAUUCAUAGGCAGGGGUACUGUCUCUGUGAUUCCUUCAAUCUCUCUGAAAAGCAAUGAAUGUCUCCAGUGGAUUCUUCAAGAUGUAAGGUUGUUCUGAAAGUAUUGUCUCCUAUUUAUUUCCAUGGAAACUACAAAAGAUACAAAGGGUAUAAUAACACUGUUUGAUAGGGCAGAUUCUCAUCUACAAAACUCUGUUUUCCAACAUAGUCACCACCAUUCCUUAUGCAUUUUCACCAGCAAUGAACAAGAGCCUGCAUGCUGUGCUCGUAAAAAUCUGCACCAGUGGAGGUGACCCACUGUGCCAUUUGCUCCCUUGUGCCAUCGAGCAGUCAGGAGAGCUGGGAUUCAGCCACCUUCCCACCCUAGCACCGGUGCAGAAUGCUUUAUUGUUCAGUGCACGUGCUUUUUUAAGCAGUGUGUGAUUUCUUUCUGCUAGCUAUCAAGACUGUUCUAUUAGAUGUUUGUUAUGUGGUAGUUCGCUGAAUAGCAUGAUUGCUCAUCCUCCUACUGCUUGCCUGAAAACUUCUCAAAUUCUUCUAACAUUCCCUGGUUUUAUAAUUAUUUUUAUUAAUUAAGUCAAUAUCAGAAGAGAAAGAAAUUUCUCUUUUCUGUACAUGCAAAAUAAUUGUUUUAAUACAGUAUUUCUGGCACAAAAACUCUGAGACUGAUAGGCUGGGAUGGUGACCCUGGCAGAAGACCUUGCAGACGCUGCUGUCUAAUCUGAACAUCCUUUUUACUUUACAGUAGAAACAAUGAAAAUAAUUAUUUACUUUCAUGAAAAUCCUAUUGAGCGUGAAUGAGAAAAACAGAGAGACCUCUCCUUGGCCGGGAUCUUUGUGGUUUGCUGUGCCUCAGUUCAGAUUGCCAUGCUGACCUAGGAGUUUAGGAAGGGCAUUGUUAUUUAAAAAUAAUUCCAGUAUGUGCUGGACAGCAUUUGCGACUUGGGGGGGCUCAGACAGAGAUCACUAUUCUUACACUUUGAAGGUAAAUACUCCAAUUUAAUCUGUUGGGUUUUUUGGUGUUUGGGUUUUUUUUUUAAUUAUUUUUUAUUUUUUAAUGAGAGAGAGAUUCAAACUGGAAAAAAUCAGAUUUUCAAAAUACAUGUGGAGAAAAAAAAAAGAAGAAAAAGCCUUAGAUCACUUUACGUGGUUUCUUUCUUCCUUAUAAAAAAAGUGAACAAUAACUCCUGAUGAUACUCAUAUCCAUAGAUGGUUUCAUUUGGUGCAUUUCCAAGUGCACUGUUAUACAAUUGCGAUUUUUACCAAAUUCAUUUUGAAUCACCAGUCACCUAUUAGCAUUUGACAUUUCAAAGUCAUGUCAAAUUGCAAACUGCCAGGUCUCUACUGUGUAUGGAGCCAAGCCAUGAGUUAAGCUUGAAAUUUCUAAUGGCAACACUCACAAUGACAUGCAAUUCUCUUUAGUGAUUGCAUCUUUUUAUAGCCCUCUUAAAUUUGUAGUGCUCCAUCCAAAGAAGGUACCAGCCCUCUUAGUGUAUUAAACCAUUCCCAAGGGAGAAACAGAAAGUUGGUCAUAAAUGAUACAGUGUCUGAAGGUGAGAAUGGGUACAUAGAGCUAUGGAAGUGAAGCUCCAAAGGAGGGUGGAUUAGAAGAGUGGUUUUGGAGCUAUACUGCGUCUGAUUGUUUCCAUCAGACUUCUAUUGUUAAGCUGUUGACUGGACCCCAAACUUGCAACUGCCUGAUUCUAAUUGAACCAUAAAUCUUCAGGACCUUACUACUGUAUCCUUUAAAGAGAAGUGGCUUACCAUGCCACAUUACUCCUCAAUUGAAUUUAAAUUCUAUUUUGCAGGAGGACGCAGUCAUUGAAUUGACAUGAAGUACAUACUCCUUGCUGUUUUUUGAGACUUGGCAAUCUGAUAUGAUUUCUCUGUGCAAAAAAAGCUUCCUGGUUUGGAACAACAUCCCUGUAAAGUUUUCCCCAAAAGAGAGUUCAAAGCUGAUUGAUUGACAUACAAAGAAAAUUGCUGUAACAGACAACAAAACAAAUGUAAAAGCUUUAGGCCAGCAUCUUGCUCUUAGGAAAAAGUAUCACUAGCUGUUCUAGCAAAGCUUUAGUUUCACUAGAAUGCUAGAUUGGCAGCUCAGACAUAUGUAAAUUGUACAUUUCAAAGCAGGUGUUAACGUAGCUCCUUUAGUACGGCCCUUGGAAAUUAUUAGCAGAUGAUCUUAUGUUCUCAGGUUUCCCAUGCAGAAAAACUGCAUGCACUGUCUGCCUAGCAAUCAGUGUUUCCUGCUGUCCAACCUCGACAUCCUUUUCUAUACCAUGUUGCUAAUGCUAUUCACCAAGCAUCAUCUUGAUGGGAAGAAAAAGAAAAAUAGCUGAGGAGGAAGUAUUCUUAGGGCAGGGUUAGAACUGUGUCACAGUUCUCAGAAGGAAAAGAACAUACAAUGGACUCAUUCCUGACUCGUAUACACAGGUUAUUGAUAACACAACCAGAGCGAACAAAAUUAAUUUUCUCCAUCUGUCUUACGGUGAAAAAAUGCUGUACAGAAGAAAUAUGUACUGCUUGAUACUAAUGCACCAAGUGAUAUAAACAGCAAACAACAGCAAGAACUGAAGUUGAAUCUGUUCAUCAGGUACAGGGUAAAAUCCCUAAGCUCUCAUUCUAAAAGUCCAUUGAUUUAUCCAGAAAUGUGCGCUACUGACUGAAGGAAUGAUCUCUAUAGGAUUGUCCCUCACCCUCCAUCCAUAGUCCAAGUCAAGUGAAAAACAGAUGAAGAGAGUGAAGCAUUCAUGAGAAGUCAUUCCUGAGAUGUUGCACAGCGCAUUUAGCAGUUGGGAUUUAUGGCUUAAUGUGGCAGCAAUACCACAUAAUGCAUAUGAAGUUGAAUAUAUGCUCAAGUUCAGUGGUUCUCUGAUGGGAAAAAAAAAAUGUUCUUCAGCCGAGCCCCAGCUCAUGAACUGCAUUACAAUACAAUUAAUACACAGAAGAGGUCACAGCCUUCUGGUGAAGCUACCUGAAUACUGAACAGGAAUGAGGAAGUAUUUGUCUGCUUAUGAAGUGUCUUGGGUACAUGCACUAUAUCCACUUCAGAGCUUGUCCAAACCAUUUAUAUAAGCCACUGAACAGCAUCGCCAAGUGCCACACGAUGGCAGCCUCUCAGAAUACUGAAAGCUUAUAAGGCCGUUCCUGGUGGUGCAGCCUGAAUUUUAAGCCUGAAGAUGGAAUUUACAAAAUGAGGGUAAUGAAAUGUGGCUGUGGAGUGCUCGUUCUGGAUUUCUGCUUUCCAUCACAUCACGUGGAGAAGAGCCUACAGGGUGACCCUUUUUCCCUCGGGCACGUUUAGUUUUUUUUGCUCACUUUACUUAGCAUACUUGCAAUGAAACUUCUGUCUAAGUGAAAAUUACAACUUAAAAAAAGAAAACCCACUUUGAAAAGCAAUAAUUACUGCUGGUUGUUGAAAAAGGUGUCUGUGCAUGUACCAUGGGGCGCUGGGAAAGCCUCUGUGUGAAUGAGUUUUGUUUGGGUGAAGCUGACUACCUGUGUAGAACAUGCAGAAGGAGCGUGUGACCUCAGAGUUAAUAUAAAAGAAUAAGAAGAUAUAUUUGUCUGCUGUAGUGCCUAAAGGUGUGUGACGGAGCCUGAGCAAGUGAGCUUGGUUCUGCACAAGCACACAAUGGAGCUGCAUGCUAAGCUCAGAUAGUAGGGCCUUUAAGACCAAUUGAUCUGCAGAUUUCUCUGCAGUUGUGUAUCAGCACUGGAACUGCCUUAAGUGAAGAUAAAAAAAAGACUGGCAAUGUGUUAUUAGACCAUGACAAGCGUAGACAAAUUCUCCAUGGUGAAUGGAAGUAUUGAUUUUUCUUUUCCACUGGAAAUAAGUCUGUACAGAAAAAAAGCUGCCCAUGCAGCUUCAACAGUAUAAUUUCCACUCCUAUACGUGAAGAAGUGACUUGGCUGAAAUGUCAAGUUCCUGCAGCUGUGCAGUGUUGUAUCUAUCAACCAUCAGAACAGUCAUGAUGUUCUGGAUUUUUCGUACUCAGGAAAUUGUAAGGUAAGAAUUAACUCUUUGUCAUUAUUGUUUUUCUAAUUAGUCAUGCCAGUCAAUUUUUGUGAUGUGUGGGUCAAAGCCCCCAUGGAUGCUACUUAUUUAGUGAGCAGACAGCCUGGAUUAAUGUUGUGAGGAUUUCUGGAAUCAUCUGAUUGACAUUCAGGGAUUUAAUGCUCAGAUUAAUCCAGUAAUUCUAAUGUUAUAAUAUGAUGUGUGUCCUUGCAUAAUUUCCUCUUUGAAGCAAAGAACAGCAUAUAUCCCUCAUGCAAUUGCUGCAGCUGUAACAACUCCUUCAUAUUUUAAUUGCAGUAGAUGUACUUAACAGCUUGUCUUGUAAAAUACACAGGAGGAGUGCUCGAAAACCAGGGAUUAUAACCUGGCUGGAAACAGCCCUGAAAGCCUUUGUUAACCACUUCUGUAACCAGUGUACCCCUUAGGAAAAUGAGAUAUUUAAUGCUUCAUACACUCUGGCACAGGAAAUCCAAUCUAAUUGUUUUUUCAAGAAGAGUCACAGUUGUAUGAAGAUUCAGUGACUGAACUUGACCAUGCUGUCACAUUUCUCUGAAGAUGCAAAAAUGGACCAGCUCUGGCAGACCAGUCCUGUGGGCUAGUAUUAGAAAACUGUACCAGCAGCCAGCCAGACUCCAGUAUCAGCUAUGGCAACCCAUGCGUGACGCUGAUGCCUUCAAACCAUUUCCUAUAGAUGAGGCAUAGCACAUGCUGUGGUAUUUAUGAGCCGCCAUUUGUUGUACUAUUGUGGUGAACCUACCCUGGAUGUGAAGAUUGCCUUUUGUCAGCUUGGGUUUCUGUCUUCCUUCCCAACCCCCUUCCCUUCUGCACAACAGGGAUUUGGGAAACAAGUGGAUGUGUCAUACAUUGCCAAGCAUUACAACAUGAGCAAAAGCAAAGUUGACAACCAGUUCUACAGCGUGGAAGUGGGUGACUCGACCUUCACUGUUCUCAAGCGCUACCAGAACUUGAAACCAAUUGGCUCUGGGGCUCAGGGAAUAGUUUGUGCUGCAUACGAUGCCAUCCUUGAUAGAAACGUGGCCAUUAAGAAGCUCAGCAGACCGUUCCAGAACCAAACCCACGCCAAGCGUGCUUACAGAGAGCUGGUCCUCAUGAAGUGUGUGAAUCACAAAAAUAUUAUCAGUUUAUUAAAUGUCUUCACACCACAGAAAUCUCUGGAGGAGUUCCAGGAUGUUUACCUGGUGAUGGAGUUGAUGGAUGCCAACCUGUGCCAGGUGAUUCAGAUGGAACUAGACCAUGAGCGAAUGUCCUACCUGCUGUACCAAAUGCUCUGCGGCAUCAAGCACCUGCACUCCGCGGGUAUUAUUCACAGGGAUUUAAAACCAAGUAACAUUGUGGUAAAAUCUGACUGCACGCUGAAGAUUUUGGAUUUUGGGCUGGCCAGGACCGCGGGCACCAGUUUCAUGAUGACUCCGUACGUGGUGACACGGUACUACAGAGCACCGGAGGUCAUCCUGGGAAUGGGCUACAAGGAGAACGUCGACAUGUGGUCAGUAGGGUGCAUCAUGGGCGAAAUGGUUAAAGGUGCUGUGUUGUUUCCUGGCACUGAUCAUAUUGACCAGUGGAAUAAAGUCAUAGAGCAGCUGGGAACGCCGUGCCCAGAGUUCAUGAAGAAGCUGCAGCCAACAGUGCGGAACUAUGUGGAGAACCGGCCCAAGUACGCCGGCCUCACCUUCCCCAAACUGUUUCCUGAUUCUCUCUUCCCAGCUGACUCAGAACACAACAAACUCAAAGCCAGCCAAGCCCGGGACCUGCUGUCCAAGAUGCUGGUCAUCGAUCCGGCCAAGCGCAUAUCGGUGGACGAGGCCCUGCAGCACCCGUACAUCAACGUCUGGUAUGACCCCGCCGAGGUGGAGGCGCCACCUCCCCAGAUCUACGACAAGCAGCUGGAUGAGCGGGAGCACACCAUUGAGGAGUGGAAAGAACUCAUCUACAAAGAAGUAAUGAACUCUGAAGAAAAAACGAAAAAUGGCGUAGUAAAAGGACAGCCAUCUCCUUCAGGUGCAGCAGUGAACAGCAGCGAGAGCCUCCCCCCAUCCUCAUCGGCCAACGACAUCUCCUCCAUGUCCACGGAUCAGACGCUGGCGUCCGACACGGACAGCAGCCUGGAAGCGUCGGCGGGGCCACUGGGGUGCUGCAGGUGACUAGCCGCCUGCCUGCGGAACCCCGCCUUCUUCAGGGGGUGACGGCGUCCAGAGGGAAAGCAACAGAGCUAAGGGACGGAGGGAAAUAAAAUGCACAGAUUUAAAUGAAACAAACAAAUCUUUUCCGCCUGCUUCUCCUACAGAGCUAUGUAAUGCAGCUCAGCUCAAGUGUGUAUGUAACUCAUAGUUGCUCUGCUUUGGUCUUCUUCCAACGAUGCUUUCUGGGGUGGGGGAGGAAAAGGAUUCUUCAGAUCCUUUUUUUUUCCACCCCUACAAGAUGCAAAAUUAAUGGCUGCAAAACCAGUGACCCGCAGCUGUCCUCUCACGCUGGCAUGACAAGGUGCGCAGUGCCACUCUACAGCACACCAGUGCGAAUCUGCCCUCACUCUGCUCUGUUGUCUCCUGCUCCCUGGGGCAGGUAUGGUUACAUAGUUAGGGAUAUCCAGAUAGGGAUACACAUGCAUUUUUCCCCACAUAUAAAGAGCACACACACACACACCCCUAUAGAGUUCUGGCUGUGUGUGCAGCUGUGUGCCUACAGGAAUGCAUCAAUCUGCACACAUUCGGUGUGCCACACAACUACAUGGCCCAUUUCAGGUGAACAGCGUACAUAACGUGGGUGCUGUCUCCCAUGUAUAUGCCAUGUCCUUCAUUGUGGAUGAGGCUUCACAGCUUGUGCAUAGAUUUGUGGAAGUGAAAAUAACCACACUGAGCUGUGGCUCCCUCAGACCCUUGAAGAUGUAGCACCAAAAUUUUUUGCUGAUAGCUGUAUAUAUACUUAGAGUUUGUAUUGGAGGAUGGUGCUGCAGACCUUCACACAACAAUGUCUGUGAAUACUGGGAAGAGUUCUGAUGUUUAGAGCAGAUAUGCCCAGCUAAGAGCAAGUUAGAAGGAAGCAUGUCAUGUAUUUUUGUAAGGCACGGGGAACAAGAAUGGAGGUUCUUUGUGCAUGUGUAUGCCCAGAAAGGUUUAUAUCAUGAAACAACCUCUCCUGUGCAUAUUCAGUGAAUUAUUUUUCUUUAUGGAGAGACUCACUGCUGUGAGCUCCAGAUAUGUUUGUGUGUUAGGGGACAUGACAGGGCUGGAGAACAGACAGGCCACAAUCAAAAAGACAUUCAACAUUUAUUUUUGUAUGUCUUUGUUUUUACUGAGUUCAGCAUGGGAUAUCUGCAGCCCUCUCCUUCUCAGCAUGUUUGUGGCCAAGAGGUGGUUUCUCCUUUACGUCAUUGCCUUGCAGGGAUCUCCACCACUAAGUUAAGACCACCCUUCCCUGGGUGCCUUUGGCCAUUCCUUUGCUUGUGACAAGCCAUCUGACUCCCCAGAAGAGUUACCAGCUGUGUUAUGUGGAAAAGAUGCACAGAGUGGGUCCACAGAAGGGGAAUGCUUUCCCAAAAGUCAAAAAGAAAAAUUGUUUAGAAUAUAUUAUUGGAUACUUUAAAUUCACCACUUAUGAAGUGUUCCAAAUUCUCUUCCAUUCUCCUAGAAUAUAGCUGCUCUGGCGGGUGGCUCACACACCUGCUGUUCUGCUGUAGGAAAACAUUUGGAGUAGCAGGUCAGAUUUUUUUCAAAGGGAAGAAAAUAAAAAUGAAGCUUCUCUUCAGGGUGCUGAGGAGGGAAGGUAAGAGUGCAUACAAAGUCAUUUCAGACCUGGUAGCAGAUCUGUGUUGUAGGAUAUUAUGUGUUUGUUUUUUUUAUCUCUAGGGAUAUUUUUGUUUGAUUUGGGGGGAAGAAAAAUAAAUUGAAAAUACAAUUGGGCCUAUGAUUUUCUAAAAACUCAUAACAGUAACUGUGAAAGCAAUAAUUUGCUACUGCUAAAAUAGUUAGCAAUAUUCUUUCUUAAGCCAUGAAGCAUCAAGUCAUUGUUUGGUGACAUAAUGCUGACUUCAAUGCCAAUGAUCAUAAAAGUAAACAAAGCAAAGAGCAGUGCUUUGUAGGCAUGAAGGCAAUAACACCACAGUGACUUCUUAGCAAUAAUGAAAUAUCUCACCUCCAGAUUUAAGUCAUCAUACCUAUAAAUAGUACUUGGACAACCAGUACGUGUUCCACAUUCCUUAGUUUGCACCAUUCUGGUGUGUUAUUUAACCCCUUACCCCAAAGAAAACUCUGUAAGAGUCAGAACUGCAUGUAAGAGGAAGGACAAAAAUUGAACAAAUGCAAAAUGUCAGCAUGAGGAAUAUGCUUUUCAUCACCAGCUGUAAUGUGGAGAUGUGACAGAGGCAAUAGCAGAAGGGCCUCUUAUAGUGGAUGGAUGCUUGCAGAUCUCUCAUGUUUUACACUGAGUCCCAUAGCAUAAUUUGGUCUGAUUUGGGUUCAGGAGUGCUGGGCUGCAACCUGGGAAGCACAGGAUAUGUUCUGCAGAUGGGUAGUGAAUGAGCCUACAGCACAGAAUGUGUACAGCUGUGUUUCCUGCAGCCAAUUCUGCUAACACCAGUGCUGCACGAAUGUUUUGUGGCUACCAUAGGGAUGCGUAUCAAGUUUCACAACUAGCAUGUGCUUUUGUCCUGCGCUCGGUAGUGCUCAACACAAGCGCGUGUUGAAGUGCCUUGCUGAAAUGGGCCCAUAACAAUGACUGCCUCUGGUUUUGGCAGUAAAUGAGUUUGUCUCCUUUUCAAGAAGCUCUUUUUGCAGGAGGAGACUUGGGGCUGUCCACAUUGGACACCAGAAAAAAAGCCAUCAAUAACAUAAAGCAAUAGUCUCUUUUGGUCCUGGUCCUCACAUGAUUCUGGCCACACUGAGUGGUGGCAGCCACGUGGGGCGUUUCCUCUGUGUCUGUGGGUUGUUGCUGCCGACAGUAUCCUACAGGAGUGUGUGUACCAUCCAAUAUGGAUGACAUUAGUGACAAUCUGUAGCUAUUCUAAGGUGUGGACAGAACAUUCCUUUCAGAUCCUGGAAUUUGGAGACCCGUCUCUGCAGGUCCUGUUCCUUACUAUCCCAAAGCUCUGUGCGGUGUGACCAUGGUAGAUUUAUUUUUUUCUUCCUUCACAGUGAUCUUUCAAGUCUACCUCUUCCAUUAUACAGUCAGUACAUACGACUAGAGGAGCAACUUUCACCUCAUUCUCAAGUUUGCAUCUGUAGGUCUAAUUACAGAGAUGUAGAAAAUAGGUAAUGCAGAGGUAUAAUGGCAGUUUUUUCAAAGCAUUGAGGCACUGAAGCGGCCAUGCACCUCUUGGCAGAAAUGCAGCAGUGGCUGCUUGUUUUUUAGUCAGAAUUGCUUCCUAAGGACCUCCUUCCUUCUCUUUUUACUGAUGAGUUUAACUGAGGAGGAGGCAUUGAUUUGCUUCAAGUUGAUGGAAGGUUGUGCGUGUUUUCACUCCGACUGUAAAUUUUGACAUUGCUGUUCAGAUGCUCACUUGUCAGGCAGAAUAGUGUGUACAUAUUCCAUCAGAGUAUAAUGCAUCUUCAGUAAUUUCAGGUAUUUAUUUGGAUUGGUCACAGACUGAAGUAUUUGAAUGACGCUGUUGCUGGGAAUCCACCCACACUAUCCAGAUUUCCACAGCAUAGAUACAUACAGGCAUUUGUAAUAUAUAAAGGAGAGCUUAAAUUGGAGUGCAAGUACGGUAACUUGUCAAAAAUAAAGGAAAAAAAAAGAGAGAAACAUAAAGCUUGGUGAGUGCUUCCCUACAACGCUACUGUUUAUCCUCUGGCAAUGAUCAGUUCCCUUCUGAUGCUGGCUGGCCUCAGGAGAUCAUGCAAGCUGGGUGGUAAUGUCACUACAUCAUUCUUGUACUUUCAUAACAGAAUCUGAUCAGAGGUAUUUACCUUCAUUUACAUGGCUUUACUUUUAAGAUUUGGGCUAAUGAUCCUGAAGAGAUGAGUUUUGUCAGCCUGCCUUCAUGAAUUUUUUCAAAACACUGAUUUGGACUGUGUUCUUCUUUCCCCCCAACUUACUGGCUCAUGGAAAUAUGCCAGUAGUCAAGGUUAGAACUGCUGAAGGGAGUCAGGCUGAGCAAAUUUCACCACCUAUGUAAAACAUAGUAGAAAUAUUUUAAUUUGAAAUAAGCUUUAGAAGCCGCUGUUAUUUGUAUGAGAAAUGUUGCAGGAUUUUAAGUGAUCAAAAAUAAUAAUUCAAAUUUCAGAUCUGUUUUUUUUUUUUUUAAGCUUACUGUUGUUUUAAAUUUUUGUGUGAAUUCAAACGUGCAGAAUAAUGAAAAUCUCUUUCCCCUAAAGUCUGUGAGAUGAAAACAAUGAAUUUCCCAGCAAACUCUGUGUGCUUCCAGGGAGAGCACUGUGGAAGGAAACGUACAGGGGAGAAUCAGCCUUUCCUUUUAGUAAUCUGCCAAAAAAAAAAAGGGGCUGAGUGUUUUACUUGGCCUGUAAGUUGUGUAUGUGUGUAAAGGAAAGGAGUGCAUACAGGUGUGAUUUUUAGAACAUUGACGCUGUACUCAUAAUUGACCCAAACUCUCACUGUAGAUAAAGAGUGUAAUAGUGACAUAGCAGCACAUCUUCAAGGAUCUGAGGUCCGUGCUUAUUGAACUUCCACCACUUCACAAGGACAUGAAGGUUCACUGACUGCGAGCUCACGGUGACCUUGUUCACACACACACACACAGAAAGAAAAUCGUUGUGCACAAGGUUUGAAUAUUCCUCAAGUAAAUAAUGUCUUAAUUAGAAGGAUGUUCGGGGAUGCAGGGCAAUAGUGAGUGUGUCACCUUCACUGAUGAGCUGGAAAAUAGAGCUGUCUAUGGAAUUGAGUGCUGAACGUAUUCGCAUCUUGCCAGUGCAGCCAUUUUUUUCUUCCUUAUUUUUUUUUUUUUAAUUAACUAUUGAUUGCAGGAAAUGAAUGGUUUAACUUCAUUUUUGUUCAGGCUCUUUGACCCAUAACAAGCUUGUGUUGUAAAGAGGGUUUGAUUCGACAAAAGAAUGUUGAAAAACUCCACCUGAGGCUAUUGGUGCCUUUUUACCUGAGAGUGAAAAGCUGAAAAGCACAUACUGAAGGAGGACAGUCAUUUUGGGAAGUAAGUGUAUCCCUCCCAUGCUUGUCGUUUUGGACAGGUACGCCUGUCUCUUUACUAAUUUUCACUGAACGGGGCCAUUCCUGUCUUCUGGAAAGCAAGGUAUUUAUGAUGUAUAUAGUUGUAUGGACAUUUUUUCUUCUGUAACUAAUAUGUAAUCAACACACGGCUUCUGUUUGAUCUUUUACAAUAAGGCCACUGUAUGCCUCAAUACGGUUGACCUCUGAGCUUUUCCUGAGUCAGCCACAUGCUGCAAAGGAGGGUGCUGGAGGGUUCAGUGUACAUAUAGAAACAUGUAUAGUUAGCAAAUGGAGUAAGUGGGACUUCUGGCCAGUAUGCGUUAAAGCCACAACAGUAACAGAGCUCCAGAUCUCAAUGAGCAAACCAACUGUUCACCUUGCCAUGUCCGUCCUGUAGCAAGACCUAAGCUGCACCUGCCUGUAGUUCUGCAUGAUCAGACUUCGGAGUAUAACCAACACGGUCUGUAAUGUAUCGGUGUUGAUAAACAUAGUUUUAAAAAAAAAGAAAAAAAGAAAAAAAAAACCUAACUAACUCAAAAAAUUCAUCCAACAAAAGAAAAUCAACAACAGUUGAGAACCCAGAGUGGAAGUGGAGAUGCGUCGCAUUGUGUUAAACGGUGAUGGCUGAAAGCAGUGUCAGCACCAAUGGACUGCAGUAGUGACGCCUGUAAGGAACCAGCUUUAUUUCUGUACUGUUCUGUUCUUACCCUGUUGUUUUUUACUGUCUGUUGUUCCCUGUGCAGAGUACAGGGGCGAACUUUGCCUCUGUCAUCUCUGUUUUAUGGGUCAAUGUUGCAUCACUUAUUUCUGAUUUCUGUUCAUUUGGCAAUUACCAAACCACAAUGGGAACUUCAUUUUCCUUGUGUGUCAGAAGGAAUCCCGUCAGAGCUGCUCUCGAGGACACUUCUUACUGCUGCCCUGGCUCCUGUCAGCUGAAUGACUUUGCAGCGUUCCCAAUAAACAGCACAAUGCAGCAAACCAUAUUGAUUGAGGGCUUUGUUAAAUGUGUUGUGCAUAUGUACUCACUGGGGCUCAAAGUCACACAGGGACAGGACUCGGUUAAAUAUGGUAUGUACUCUAUGCAUGACGCCUAUAUUACACCUUUAUGACCUUAUAGGGGGAAAACUGCUGAUCUUUACAGAUGUGGGUUCGGACCUUUUUUUUUUUCUGGAGCAAAGGUGUACGAAUCUGGUCCCUAUUCCACACACUGCGCGCUUCUGCCCAGAGCAGCUCGUGGGGGCUGAGGCAGUGUGUGGGCUGCCCAGGGGCCAUGCACGGAGGUGAACCUCAAGCUGUCUGAAUGUUUCCUUGCCAAAAAGCCUGUAUGUAUGUCGAGCAGGGGAGACCGUGGCUGUUCUAUAAGGAGUGUUUGUGUUGUUUACUUUACAACAAGCUUUGCUAAUUAAAAUAGUGUAUUCUGGA